UCCCUCCCUUUUCUCGAAUAUACUCACUAUCUAGAUUCUGAUUUCCGUUAAAGAUUGUAUCUUUACCGUUAAAUUUCUCAUUUCUAGGGUUUUCGCCCAAAGGGUAAUUGCAUUUUGAUUUUGGGGCAUCACCAUGAGAGCUAAAUUGGUUGUGUUCCCAAUACGAGGCAGAAACUGGUGCUUCAGCAGAUCCAUUGAUCACUCACUCUCCGCUUCCGCUGCUUCCUCUCAAUCCCCUUCAACCUUGAAAGAGUUAUGGACCAACGUUACCAUUGAUGGUAAACCCCUUAACGCCAAAGCUGAGCUUUUUGUUGACUACAUCUCCUUCAAGAUGAAUAAAGCCUGGAUUGGUUUGGAAAGAUCACCGGAUGGAUCUUUCAAGAAGAAGAUUCACGGGUUGGGGUUGUGGCUUUUGUCGCGGGUUAAGCCGUCAGAGAUAUUUCUGAAAUCUAUAUCGAAGGAAGUCACUAGUGUUGAAGUCAUUUACCCAUCAAGUUUGAAUGCUCAACUGGUUCGCCGAAGACUAAGACACAUUGCAAUGAGGGGAACAAUUAUACACCGGAAAUACUUCUAUGGUUCAAUUUCGUUAAUUCCGCUGACCUCUGCACUUAGCGUCUUACCUUUGCCCAAUGUCCCAUUCUUUUGGGUUUUAUUUCGCACUUAUUCUCAUUGGAGAGCCCUUCAGGGAAGUGAGAAGCUGUUUCAACUAGUCUCAACUAGUGGCAAGACUUCAAACACUUGUACGAGAAAAAAGGAAACUGAGGAUAAGGAAUCUCAAGAUGAAAGGCAUAGUCCACAUGAACCAUAUUGGGUAUUUCGGCCAUCCAAAGAACUUGAGAAUCUUGUUCGUCAAGAUGCGCAUGAUAGUCUUAGUCAGCACGCCAUCGCCAACAUUUGCAAGAUCUAUGAUUUGAACACCAAAGAUGUUGUAAAAUACGAGAAGUCUAUUUUUUGAAUCAGUUUUGUAAUGCAACAUAU